AUGGAUGACCGGCAAAAAUAUUUCUACAUGAUAGAUUCAAUGAAAAAAGGAAAUACGCAAAAAGUAAGAUACAUGAUAGAGAAAUUUGGUUUAUCAUUCUGUCCAAUGUUAGAUCGAGGGUAUCCACUACUUACUGCUGCCGUUGGAAAAAAUCAAGUAGAAAUGGUGGCAUAUUUAUUGCGGAAAAAUGUAAAAGUUAACAGCGACCGUGAAGUCCUGUCACCUCUUCAGAUAGCCGCCAAGAACAAAAACACGACAAUUUUCAAAAUGCUUCUGGAACGCGGGGCUAAAAUAAAUUAUAACAAUAUUUAUAAGAAUAAGGCACCAAUUAAGUUAGCAGUUGAGCACAGCAAUGUUGAGAUCGCAAGACUUAUUGUUAAGCACAAAAACUUUGGAUUAAAAUGUGAUCAGUCGUUACUGCAUACAGCUGUCAAGUAUACCAACUUGGAAAUGGUCUCAUUAUUAUUAGAAAUUUGUGCGGAUGUCAAUGAAUAUGACGACAGCAGAUCAGCUCCAAUCCAUCACGCAGUAAAGGCUCGCUACAAUGAUAUUUUGCAAUUAUUAUUGGAUUGUGGAGCAGAUAUUAAUGCUAAAAAUAAAGAUGGAGAUACUCCAGUUUGUUUGGUUCUAAAGCAAUCGGAUAGAAGAUAUUAUGUAACUUCUGAUCUUUAUAGAAUGUCUAUGCUUAGCACUACACAGUAUAAAAGUACAUUGGAUAUUCUCCUAGAUAAUGAUGCAAACAUAAAUGGUCUUGAUAUCCAUAAAUAUAUCUCACCUAUUCCUCAUCGUAUUGGUCUUAAUGGUAUUGUUGAAAACAGUACUUCGAAUCACAAAAAAAGCAUUAUUAAACAUAUUGUAAAAUUAAGAACUCGAAAUGCACCUCUAUCUGAUAACAAUAACAUGUUCUUAUCUUCUCUUCUUGAAGACAAACCGGUAGAUGAUUAUAAAAAAAUAUGUGAGCUAGAAAUGUCGGAAAUUAUCACGGAAAAAAUACCAAACUCGGGGAUUUCGCUUCAUAAUAUUUUGAGCAAAAAUAGUAAUGUUUUAGCUGUGUAUGCAAAAAAUAAAAAUUAUGAGACGUUCAUAUUUUCGGAUGAAGUUUCACGACGAUUUCCGAUUUAUGGAUCGGUGAUAAAACUUCGCUUUUCGAAAGGAUUAGCGAGGAAAAAUUUACUAGAAAAAAGUACUCAAGUUUUUCAUAGCCAUUUUCCCGUUGCGUCUAAAUUGUUGUCUUAUGCUGUCGAUAAUGUAUUUGAAUGUUUAGAUAAUAAUGAUUUAAGACAUUUUCUGCGCAAGUUCUAA